AUGGCGACCCUUAAAGCUUCGUUUUUGCUCCCAACCCUCGACACUGGCAUCGCCGGAGAUGUUCUCCCCGAUCAGGGAAAUCGCGGAUCCGGUGCUAUUCAUGUUAUCAUGGGUCCUAUGUUUUCUGGGAAAUCGACCUCUCUCCUCCGCCGAAUCAAGUCAGAGAUCAGCGCCGGAAGAAGUGUAGCGAUGCUGAAAUCAAGCAUAGAUACGAGAUACGCGAAAGAUUCGGUGGUGACACAUGAUGGAAUCGGAUUCCCUUGCUGGGCUCUUCCAGAUCUUAUGUCAUUUCCUGAGAAAUUCGGAAUAGAUGCUUAUGAAAAGCUUGAUGUGAUUGGUAUUGAUGAGGCACAGUUCUUUGGAGAUCUUUAUGAGUUUUGCUGCAAAGUCGCUGAUGAUGAUGGCAAAACAGUGAUUGUUGCAGGACUUGACGGUGACUACUUGAGAAGGAGAUUUGGUGCUCUUCUUGACGUUGUACCAAUAGCUGAUUCAGUGACAAAGCUUACCGCAAGGUGUGACGUUUGUGGACAGAAAGCCUUCUUCACUUUGAGAAAGACUUGUGACACGAGAACAGAGCUGAUCGGUGGAGCUGAUGUGUAUAUGCCCGUUUGUCGCAAGCAUUACAUCAAUAAUCAUAUGGUCAUCAAAGCUUCAAAGAAAGUGUUGGAUUCUGACAAGGCAAGAGCUGAGUCCUGUGUGGAGACAGUUGCAGCUAUGAUCUAA